CUCCACUCGAGGGUUGCUGAUGAGCUUCUUCAUGAGUUGGUGUUAUGCUGUAUUUUAAUGUAGGGUUGUUUGAAUACAAUCAGAUCAAAAUAAAAUAACGCGGAACAUAGGUAUUUAACAAACCAGAAGAGUAAACACCACCCAAACGGAGAGUGUGCAUUACGCUGUUGCUACGAGAUUGUGCGUAGUCCUGGUGUUAAACGUGCGCGCUCUUGGUUUACAGUACCGCCCUGUCAGUCUGUUUGCCAGACCGAAAAAGUUUCCACGCUGCAGAGUAUUUAGGGCUGCUACGUGUCGUCGUGGGUUAGCGAAUGCCAUUUCGUUGUCUUGAUUUGUUGGUGGUGUAUUAAGGCCAUCAUGGGUGAUAUAAAGCUUCCAAAGAAUAUUUACCUAUGGAGCGUGGCUGCAAUUUACCUGUUUGCUUUCGCCUCUCUAUAUGUGCAGAUUCCAGGUCUUUAUGGAAGCGACGGAAUCCUUCCAGCUCGCAAAGUACUGCGCUACACUGGCAAGCCCCUCCUGGAGCAGCUGGAAGAUAUGCCGACAUUACUGUUAUUAAGUCCAUACGUAGGACUGGACACUGAGCAAGGGAUGGAGUUGUUGUGCCUCCUGGGAAUGCUAAUAUCAUUUGCAGCCAUAGUAGUGGAGUCCUUGAGGGACAGCAUUGUGUUUCUCAUUCUGUGGUGUCUCUACUUUUCCCUUUACCAGGUUGGUCAAGUCUUUCUGUAUUUCCAGUGGGUAAGCAUUCUUUUGCAGACAGGGUAUCUUUGAGUACUAACCCUUCCUUUAUGCCUAAAGUGGUUUCUAGUAGAAACAAGACAGAUGCAAAAUAUCAAUUUUUGGUCCCUUAAUUGGUUAUUUUUCCAGUUAUAUUUUCGGUACAGACUAGUUAUUUUGGAAAGUCGAUGCCCUACGUGGUGGGGACUUACAGCUCUAACUUACCACUAUGAAUCACAAUGCAUCCCAACACCAGCUUCCUGGUUUGCCCAUCAACUCCCAGUUUGGUUUCAGAAGCUCAGUGUGGUCAUUACAUACAUUAUUGAAAUACCAAUUCCUAUACUGUUCUUUGCUCCCAUCAGACAACUACGACUCUUCGCCUUUUAUUCACAGGUGCUGCUCCAGGUGUUGAUUAUCAUCACUGGUAACUACAACUUCUUCAACCUGCUGACCAUUGUGUUGGGCUUCUCACUUCUUGAUGAUGAACAUAUAAACUUCUGGCUCAGAAGAAGCAAAAGGAAAGCAUCAUCCAGCUCCUGGUUGGAGUUCCUUUGGCAUCUACUUAUAGUUCUCGUGGAGCUAACUGUUUAUGCCUUAUUGGUAUAUCUCACGUGUGUGUACUUCUCGCUUGAGAUCAAUUGGGAGAAGAAAAGAAUUGAAUCCAAAACAGCUUUCACAUACCAUGAGUUCAUCCAGUGGUUAAAGACGGUUAUUGUUCCUACCAUAUGGAUUGGAUUGCUUUCGCUCACCUGGGAGAUUGUCACUGCUAUGUUAAGGUGUGCGUUGGUAAGAGGUUUCUUUUGGAAGCUGUGGACUACAUUGCAGUGGGCUGUCUUUGCAACAGCAGCCGCUGGCAUGUUUGCUAUUAGCCUGGUACCUUACACGUACUUGGAAUAUGAAGCAAACAGUAACAUCUGGCCUGCUGUGAACAAGAUGUAUACAGCUGUUGAUCGGUACCAGUUGGUGAACUCGUAUGGGCUUUUCAGAAGGAUGACUGGAGUUGGGGGUCGUCCAGAAGUUAUUGUGGAGGGAAGCUAUGACCAGCAGACUUGGAAGGAAAUUGAGUUCACAUACAAGCCAGGCAAUGUCAGUGCAGCACCACCCAUGCUGAUUCCACAUCAGCCUCGGCUAGACUGGCAGAUGUGGUUUGCAGCACUUGCUCACCAGUCUCAUAGCCCUUGGUUCACCAGCUUGUUAUUCCGUUUGCUGCAGGGCAAGAAGGAAGUGAUACGACUUUUACAAGUGGAUGAAGCUAAUUACCCGUUCAUCCGUGAGCCACCAGUUUACAUCCGUGCCCAGCUGUACAAGUACUGGUAUACAACCACCGAUGAAACAGGAUCUGUGCCUCAGCAGUGGUGGAGGAGACGCUAUGUCGAAGAAUUCUAUCCAACUGUGUUUUUGGGUGAUCCUAAAUUUGACGACACGCUCAAUGAACAUGGUUUUAAGGACAAAGGACCUCUGAAGCGGUCUUCAGAUGCAUGGCUUCCAUAUCUCUUGAAAACUGUUCGGGAUUAUACAGAGCCAUUCACUGGACAUAUGGUACUCUGGUCCUUAUUUGCUACUGCUGUAGCAGUCUGUAUAGUAAAGGGCCUAACAAGAAGGCCCCAGACUGGCAGUAAAUCCAAAUCUGCUUCAGUCCCCAAGAAACCAGAAGGGAAGGAUGUUAGUGGCAUAGAAAAUAGACUAUCCAAGGGAGACAAGCGUGCAGAAGCUGCAGAAGAAUUUAAAUUCAAACAUACUGCUCAAGAGAAAUCAUCACAGUCUGUCAAGAAUGUUAAAAAGAAGAAAUGAUGUUCACAAUUACAAGGCUGAGGGUGGGAUGCGCUUCUUAACUGUCUAGCAGGACACUUUCACUGUUAAUUGUGGUUCUUUUUUGCAAGCCAGCUGUCCAUGAUGUUAACAAGAUAAUUCCCUUUUAUUGCAGAUGGGUUUCAAACUCUUUCCCUCUGCUUUUAACCAUAUUUUAUGCCACUGGCUUAUUCCAUAUCUUUAGACCUGUGUUUACCAUUAAUUUAAGCAGCAUGGAAUUCUUCGGGUGAUUGACUACUGUCUUUGCAAUACAUAUAUGCUUUGUUACAUCAUAUUGGUUAGUGGUGUUUUAUAAAUUGAAUUGCAGAAUGGGGCAGGCCCUGUUCAGACUGCAUUGUAACAACAUAUGUUAGACACUAGGAGGCAAGUUUUGCCUGUAGCAAAUUUUUGUCCUUUCCCAUUCCUCCUCAUCCCACUAACCCCACCUCAGUAGAUUUACUGAAAGAAAACAUCCCAAAAAAAACAGCCCUUUAUUUUUGUUUGCUUUUUUUCUCUUUAAGUAUAUCACAUGGAAGUAAGUUCCAAAGAUGUGUUUUCUGUAUUUCUGUCAAAAUAGCUUUUGUUAUGAAACACUUGUUUUCCAAACGCAGACAAAUCUCUCUCUUAAAACCUGCAUCCUAUGCAAGUUCUGUAGUUUGGAAGUGUAUGUCAGGUCAACACUGGAGGCUAUUUUGUGUACCAUGUUUUAUCUUCCACAUACUUGAAAGAGGUAUGCUUGUAAUUGCCUGGUAUAAUUAAUUAGCUCUAUAACCACCCUGAAAAAAAUAGCAAAUUUUGUUUUUGCAUCAUUUGGUUUGUGAUUGCUGACAUGGCAUCACUUGCAAACAUUGUGGAAAAGCCUUAGGGAGGGUGGUUGUAGCAGACUCUCUCAACACUGCCAUGCCAAUAUGUACGUGGUUUGUUUUAGUAUGUAGUAGUCUCAAGACUGUGAGCAAAAACAUUUACAGCCGCCUAAUUGGGUUCUUCUUGUGGAAUGACAGUAGUCACUGUACUUUACUACACAAGCUAUUUUUUUUUUAUAGUCGGGAAGGCUUCUGUAUUUGUGGUUGGAUACUAUUUACUUUUUAGAACCCCCAAUGUUUCCAAAUUGUCCUUCUGGUUCAAGACUGCAAAUAGAAUUGCUUUUUUUGUUGUCUGCGUCAUCCCAAUAGCAACAAAGGAAGGAAGGAAUGGUUAGCAGCCAGGCUGGUUACUUUCAUUGCACUAUGUUAAUUUUUGUUAGCUACAAGUAAGAUUUUCAUAGGGUUGUAAGCCACAAGUCUCCUGUCCCAGUUGAUGAUGGUGCAGUACAGCUGUGAUGGUAUCUUCAGAAACGUAAAAAAACACCCUGCUCCAUAGAGCCAUAUCUUGCGGUUGUAAAGAGGGUCUCACUUUUUGGCAUUUUCAAGCAUACGUCAAUUUCAGUACUAAAAGAAAUACAUUAAGCUUGUUUUUAUGUAAAUUCUGUUUGGAAAAUAAAAUUAAACAUUUUUUUUUUAAAUGUGA